AUGCAGGAGAGCAGCAGCAAUGAGAUGUGGGAAGGUUGGAGUACUGUUUCCAACCAAGUGUACAACAACCCCAAGGUGACGCUGCUGAUGAACUCAAGAGCGGUCCAGUACCUUAAUGGCCACCCAGUGUUGGCCCUGGCGGUGAUGAUGUUCUGCGCCACGGCCACAGUGCCAAUUGGGCUUUUCAUCCUUUUUGCAGUGGUGACACUCAUCAUGUCGGCAGUCGCUUUUGUUUUCGUUGAAGGCUUCCUGCUGUUUACGGGCGCGAUAAGUCUGCUAUGCAUACUGUCCGGCGUGGCCUUCUUCUCACUUGUGGCGUCGGCCGUCUUCGCUGCCUUUUACAUGGCCGUCUCCAACAUCCUUAACUACUAUUACCCUCAUCUAACGAAGGUUGCCAAAGAAUACGAGAAAAACGAAGUGGAGGAAAUGACGCAAAAAACAACACAGUAG